AUGUUUUGGACUUGGGUACACUCUUCAACAGGCCCUAAAACUACACACUUUUGGGCUCCAGUUUGCAAUUGGUUUUUCCCAAUUCAAGCAUUAUACGAUUGGAAUAGAGAUCCUGCAAAAAUCAGCAAGGAGAUGCAAUGUGUGUUAGUUUGCUAUUCAUCCUUGUUCAUGAGAUGGGCAUUAAGGAUAUCUCCACAAAGCUACAUUCUGUUCUGCAUGCAUCUGUUUAAUGCAACUCUGUAGGGAAGACUAUUAAUUAAAAGAUUAACAUGGGAGUCAAGUCAACAAAAAGCCAUCGAGGACAAACCAACUAAUUGAUUGUCUGUUUACAGAAUUUCAUAUAUAUAUAAAUAAAUAUAUAUAAAAA